AUGCCUGAGAGCGAAGCCCAGAAGAACGUCUGGGAGAUACGCGAGCCAGGUUUCCUGACUACAUCGGGAAUCCGAGGCUACACAUGGAAAACUGCGAUUUGGGUUCGCGCUGCAUGGGUGAAUCGGUCCCUCCGACAGCAACUGCCGCUCAGGAGUCGGGUUUUGGCUGUCGAGUUUGUGACGACCCUCCUGCCCGUCCCGGCAGGAGCCUUGCGCCGUCCAGCGUUCUGGGUGACGGGGACUGAUAAACCGUUUCGGGUUCGGGCAGCAACCCUUGGGGGGGGCGGAGCCGCUGCGAGAGGUGGCUGGCUCCCAUCGCGGAGCCACACUGAGGGGCCCCCUCGUCCCCUUUGUCCUGCAGACAGCAAGAUCCCCGAGGACAGGGGUCUGUGCCGCACCGUCGUGCCCGAUCCGGAGCCUUCUCAGGGCCGCUUCUCCCCGGAAUCCCACCUUACCGAGGCUGCCGAUGGCACCUCCGAGUCAGCGCCCAGCUGCGAGGGCAGCGUCUGCGACAGGGUGUCCGAAUUUGAGGAUUUCUGGAGACCUCCCUCGCCCUCCGUCUCUCCAGCUUCGGAGCGAUCUGUGUGCCCAUCCCUAGAUGAAGCACCUCCAUUCUCAGUGCCCUUCAAACCAUACAUGUGGAACAGCUUGGGUGGCUCUGAGCUGAGGCACCUUGUGCAAAGUUACAGGCCCUGCCCAACGCUGGAGCGAACCUCAGCCCUGGGACUUUUCUGUGAGCGAGGCUCUGAGCCUGCCCUCUACAGUGCAGAGUGUAGCUCUUCCCUUGGACUUUAUGGUGACUUCGGCUCCCCGGGCCCAGGGCUGUUUGAGCGGCCACCAGCAGCAGCACCCGGACUCUAUGCUGAAUCACAGCCUGGGCUGCAGCAAGAGAAGGGGCCAGGUGGCAUCAAAGUGGAGUCAGACCUCUUGUGCCGCCCAUUGCUCAUCAGUACUGGCUCUUACAAGUGUGUCAAGUGCAGCAAGGUCUUCUCCACGCCGCAUGGCCUUGAGGUGCAUGUGCGCCGCUCACACAGUGGCACGAGGCCCUUUGCCUGUGACAUGUGUGGCAAGACCUUCGGCCAUGCAGUCAGCCUGGAGCAGCACAAGGCCGUACACUCACAGGAACGCAGCUUUGAUUGUAAGAUCUGUGGCAAAAGUUUCAAGAGAUCGUCAACUUUGUCCACCCACCUGCUUAUCCACUCGGACACCAGGCCCUAUCCAUGCCAGUACUGCGGGAAGCGGUUCCACCAGAAAUCUGAUAUGAAGAAACACACCUUCAUUCACACAGGUGAGAAGCCUCACAAGUGCCAGGUGUGUGGAAAAGCCUUUAGUCAGAGCUCCAACCUCAUCACCCACAGUCGGAAGCAUACAGGCUUCAAGCCCUUUGGGUGUGAUCUGUGUGGCAAAGGCUUCCAACGGAAGGUGGAUUUACGGAGACACCGGGAGACACAGCACGGCUUGAAAUGAGUCCCAGCUGCAAUACAGAAAACACCCACAACACUAUGAGAACAGACUCCCUUGGCUUCCCCACUGGACCUAAGCCCUGUC